CACCUCAACCAGCUGCCUUGGCUUUGAGGAGCGUAUCGAGAGUAGCUAUAACUAUUCAUUUGAAAGACUUUGAAAGGCCUGCCAUCUUGCUAUAAUAAAGAUCUUCAGGAAUGGUGAGAGCCUAUGCUGGAUUCGGUUCAAGCUAUGUCGGAUGGUUUAGGCAUAGCUAGUGGGGUUAUUACUACCUUGAAGGUGCGGCCAGAGCGGAUGGAGACCGCUCUGGUCAAAACGAUGCUAGCCACUGAUGUUACAGAGCGGUUGGUGAGCAAUGGUAGUCCGUUCAGAGAGGCUGUCCACAUCCCUAGACGCAUCGUUGCACUGUCUAAAAAGCUGGAAGUUUUGACGGACAAGCUGACCCUUGAGCAACUUCAGGCCAUUGAUUAUCGGCUCACAGCAGACAUUGCGGAGGCAUUUGAAUACAAAGCGAGUGUCGAGGCGAAACCGGCUGAAGGCGGCGCCAGUCGAUCAAGCGUGCUGGAGCAGAUCCAGGUUAUCAGGUCUAUGUUGGAUUAGGGGUUUGAUAGCCUAGUGGAGGAUGCGGUCGAAGUAAGGGAAUCUGUGACAGACAUGACGAAUGACACGCUUCAUUCUGUAGAAAAACAUCUAAUUCAAGUGCGACGCUCUUGAAUGAACCAAAAGUUUCAAUAACGAUACAAUAUUGUUAGAGAAAAUCGAACAGGAUUACCGCCAGGCGAGCACACUUGUCAAUCGCAAGAAAGUUCUGUACACAGAGUGAUU